AUUGUUUAUGGUCUCUGUCACUUGUGUCAGUUCAAUUUUGAAAUUUCUAAUCACUAAUUUGAGAAUUGUUAUAUAAUAUUGGAUUUCAGGUUGAUAAUAAAGAAUCCACUAAAAUGGAAAAUAAUGGCAUUAAUCCAUGGGACACCUCCACCAUCGAUAGCCUGAUGAAGAAGAUACAUCCUUUAAUUAAGAAAUUUGAUGGGUACCGUUCAAGCACUAAAUCAUACACAGGAAAAGUGGCCUUAUCAAUGUUGAAGAAUUCAUCAAGGAAUAAAGUUAUAGAAAUAGGUGGAAUGAAGUACCAUAUCAAGGGCUGUGCUGGACAGGGUGGGUUUGCCCAAGUAUAUAAGGCAACUGUCGACAGUGAUCCUGACAAUGUUGUUGCACUAAAGAUACAAAAUCCAGCAUUCCCUUGGGAAUUUUACAUGUAUCGUCAACUUGAUCAGCGCAUCUUAGAUAGAGAGAGGUCAAGUUAUGGUUUCGCUCAACAAAUGCAUCUCUAUUCUGACUGUAGUAUACUCAUCUGUGACUAUUUAGCUAAUGGGACAUUACAGGAUGUCAUUAACUCAUAUGUGGUCAUAGGAAAAUCCAUGGAAGAAUUGUUGUGUAUUUAUUACACUAUAGAAAUGUUACACAUGGUUGAAACUUUGCAUGAUGUUGGCUUGAUUCAUGGUGAUUUCAAGCCUGAUAAUCUGCUAAUUCGCUAUGCUAU